ACUAUACUCCUUUCAAUCUUUCCUCUUUUUUUCCUUAGUUUUACCAAAAACAAAAUGAUGCCCAGACCCAGUCUUUUGAAUCUCUUUUGAUCACAAUUUAUUUUAUUUUUUAUUUGGGAUUUGAGAGGUUUUUUUUUUUUUUAAAAAAAAUUGUUUCCAUUCUUAAAGUUUUGGAGAUAUAAAGAGAAAAAUAGACCUUAGGGUUAAUUUGUGGUUAGAAAAUAAAGAGAUUUUCUUCUCUUUUUUUUUUUUGGUCCCAAAAUAAAGAAAUUGAUACUUCAAAAAUAGAAAGAUUCUAAGCGUUUUUGUUCUGUUAAUCCUUUUAGGGUUUUUUGAACUUUUUUUUUGUUCCUUUUUUGCCGUUUUUACAGCUUUGAUUAUUCCCUUCUUCUUCCUUUAACCUGAAAUUUUUUGUUCUAUUGACUGUAGUACGUUCUUAAGUUGUGAAUUCCAUUGGAAAAUCUAUCUGGGUUUUCCUUAAAAUAUAAUUUCUAUUGAAUAUCUAUACAUAAUUUUCCUUUAUAUAUCUGAGCCCAACUAGAAGAACCAUUUGAAGUAUUUUUUAUCUUUUAUUUUUAAUCUUUGGUGAGUUUUUUUUUUUUUGGCUGUUUUAAGCUUUUAGGGUUUUGCAGCAUUUUUUUUUUAAAAGUAGGAGAUGGUGAGAGGCAAAAUUCAGAUGAAGCGAAUUGAAAAUGCAACGAGCCGGCAAGUCACCUUCUCUAAGCGACGAAACGGGUUGUUGAAGAAGGCUUAUGAACUAUAUGUUCUAUGCGAUGCUGAAGUAGCUGUCAUCAUAUUUUCUCAUAAAGGAAAACUCUACGAGUUCUCAAGUUCCGACAACAUGCAAAACACCAUAGAACGAUACCGUCAGUACAAGAAAGAUGUCCAGAGUAACAUCCCUGAAUUUGACAGAUACACACAGCAACUAAGGCUUGAAGCAGAAAAUAUGGCCAAGAAGAUUGAGUUCCUUGAGGUUUCUAAAAGGAGAAUGUUGGGUCAAAAUCUUGGUUCUUGUUCUAUUGAUGAACUUCAAGAGGUUGAAAACCAGCUUGAACGCAGCUUAAGAAACAUUAGGGCAAGAAAGGGCUAUUUAUUCAAGGAGCAGAUACUGCAACUAAAAGCUAAGAUAUAUGCAAGAGGAGAAUGCCAAGUUAUCUGCUAAGAACAAUGGUACAACAUGCAGCCAGCAGAACGCGGAGGUGGAGACAGAACUGUUCCUCGGGUUGCCGGAAAACCGCUGUUCCUAGCAGGUAGGUCUUUGGAUAUGGAAUGAAAAUGAUAUUCCCUAUUGGAAUAAUGCUUGCUUGUACGUUAUCGCCAUUGCUACUGGUUGUAUCACUUGGAUGGAUGGAUGUAUGUAUAUAUAUAUAUAUAUAUCCUCGAAGCUCACCCAGAAACUGGACAUCAGUACAUGGGACAAAGCACGAUGGGGAAAAACAGAUCUUAAUUCAAUGUCGGUUUUUUGCUGAUUAUUCAUCUUCACUUACAACAAAUAAUGGUACUAUAUAUAUGUAUGUAUAUAAAAUAAUUAUUAAAUAUGAAAUAGAAUUAAAAUUUUACAAUAGAAAA